CAGCACUCAUGGAAAUCGUCAUUGUGGGCGCUGGCAUAGCCGGACUGAGCACCGGGAUUGGUCUGCGGAGAGCAGGCCACAAAGUGACGAUCCUCGAGCAGUCCUCGCUGAUGCACGAGGUUGGCGCAGCGAUAACCAUCAAGCCCAAUGCCUCACGAGUGCUCCACUCAUGGGACUUUGUCCCAGAGAAGUCGGGCGCGGUCUACAUACGGAAUUUGAGCCUCGUCGAUGGCACGAAUAUGGAGAUAAUUAUACCUGAUUAUUACAAAGACUGUGAUUCGAAAUGGGGCUGGCCAAUGUAUGCCGUCCACCGCGUCGACCUUCAUACCCAGCUGAGGCAGCUUGCCACUGAUACGGAGGGCCCUGGGCGCCCCUGUGACGUGCAGGUGAAGACAAAGGUUGUCGAGUAUGACGCGGAGAAUGGAAAGGUCACGACCGAGAGCGGCGGGGUCUUGCAAGCCGAUCUCCUCGUUGCCGCGGACGGCGUGCACUCCACCGCCGUGAAGCAUGUCCUCGGCGAUGAAGUUGUCCACGUUAGUGACACGGGCUGGGCAUGCAUGCGAUGGUUGGUCCCGAGGGAGGACUUGCUGUCCGACCCGGACACUGCUCACAUGAUUAUCGACAACUCAACCAGAUAUUUCACAGCCGCCGAGGGGGCAGCUGGUCUGGUGUGGUAUUCUUGUCGCAAUAAUGAGGUGCAGAACUUCUUGUAUCUCUCACGCGAGUUCGACACAUCGCAUGUCGGGGAGGAUUUUCGGGCAAUGGUUGAACCAAGCAUGGCGUUGGAAUAUUCCAAGAGACAUUUUGCGCCUGAGCUUCAAAAUGCAAUCAAGAAAGCAAGGGACGUAAAGUUCUGGAAGCUGUUUGCUAGGGGACCGAUUCCCAAAUGGCACAAGGACCGGCUCGUCCUUGUGGGCGAUGCCGCUCACCCCAUGCUCACCUUCCAGGGACAAGGUGGCGGGCAGGCAAUCGAAGACGGCGCUGCUCUUGGGGUCCUGUUCGACCAGCUUCGCGACACGCGGGCCAUCGAAAGCCGCUUGCGGCUCUUCGAGAAGGUCAGGCGGAACAGGGGCUCUGCGCUACAGAUCCUCUCCAGUGCCAACCCCCCUGUGCCGCAGAGUGUUCAUGACGUUGCAGCCGAGUACGUUCCUGGUCAGAAGCUCGACUCCACCGACGCUGUCAAUGACUACGUGUUUUCGUUUGACGUGAUUGCGGAAUCAAAAGCUGCUCUUGCUGCUGUUUAA